CAGCAAUGUGUGACCGAAUGAAUGAGGUACAGGUGGUGAUUGACACUCCUGACCACCAAUCAGUAGCGAGCAGGCACUAUUUAGAGCGGGUUGGUUUGAGCCUGGCAUGCGUCACGUCCGUAUCCUCCCCUUUUGCGGUUGCUAUAGUGAUUUCAGCCUGUCUUUUCAGUGUGUGUCCCUGUUGGAUGCUGUUUUGGAUCUGUUUACUGCCCUCCUUGCAGGAGCUGGGGUCCCACGGGCGAAAGGUCUUUGGUGGUGCUAUUUCUACGUUUGCAGUGCAAAACUUUUGACGUGUAUGAGUGGGUGCUCUGAGUUCACGGUGUACAGGUUCCUCUGUAGCAGUAGAAAUGUCCUCCAGAAUGAGUGAAUCUGUGAAACAGGACAUAAAGAAAGAUGAGAGUCUGAUUCAGGGUAAGAGAUCAGACUCACCUGAACCCAGCUGUGUGUCCAUGAAGAGUGAUAAGUCAAUGGAUCGUUCAAUAUUCUUUAAAGACACAGACUGUACUACUGAUCUGAGAUUAGUAAAGAAUAAGAGAUCAGACUCACCUGAACCCAGCUGUGUGUCUAUGAAGAGUGAUAAGUCAAUGGAUGAGCCAAUAUUCUUUAAAGACACAGACUGUACUACUGAUCUGAGACUGCAGAAGAAGAAAUCAAAUAUCACUGAGAAGAGUCAUUUAGAGGCCAUAUUCAAGGAUGUGGAGCACAAAGUCAUCACUCUGCUACAGAAUGAACUGAAGAGAUAUAAGAAGCUCCUGAGUCCAGAUUACCCAGCAUGCUCUGAGAGGGAGGUGGAGGAUGAGGAGGAUCAGAGCAGUGUCAGAGAGGGAGUGCUGAAGAUCACACUGCACUUCCUGAAGAACAUGAAGCACACAGAUCUCGCUAACACACUGCAGAACAAACUCGUCUCUGUGCACCAGCGAAAACUCAAAUCCAAACUGAGAGAGAAAUGUAAAAGAAUUACUGAAGGAAUCUCACAGCAUGGAAGCUCAGCACUUCUGAAUGAGAUCUACACAGACCUCUACAUCACAGAGGGUUGGAGUGGAGACGUCAAUAAUGAACAUGAGGUGAGACAGAUUGAGACAGUGUCCAGGAGACCAGCAACACAGGAGACACCCAUCAAAUGUAAUGAUCUCUUUAAAGACAAGUCCAUCAGAAGUGUGCUGACUAAAGGAGUUGCUGGAAUUGGAAAAACAGUCUCUGUGCAGAAGUUCAUUCUGGACUGGGCUGAAGGAAAAGCAAAUCAGGACGUCACCUUCAUGUUUCCACUUCCCUUUAGAGAGCUGAAUCUGAUGAAGCAGAAACAUCUCAGUCUGAUGGAUCUUCUUCAUCACUUUUUCCGAGAAAUAAAAGAAUUACGAUUAAUAGACUGUGAGAGGAAUAAAGUGGUGUUGAUCUUUGAUGGUCUGGAUGAGUGUCGACUUCCUCUAAAUUUUCAGAACAAUGAAAGAUUGUGUGAUGUGACAGAAUCAGCCUCAGUGGAUGUGCUGCUGACGAACCUCAUCAAGGGGAAUCUGCUUCCCUCUGCUCUCCUCUGGAUCACCUCUCGACCAGGAGCAGCCAAUCAGAUCCCUCCUGAGUGUGUAGACCAGGUAACAGAGGUACAAGGGUUCAGUGAUCCUCAGAAAGAGGAGUACUUCAGGAAGAGGAUCAGUGAUCAGAGCCUGUCAAAUAAAAUCAUCACACACAUUAAGUCUUCCAAAAGCCUCUACAUCAUGUGUCACAUCCCAGUCUUCUGCUGGAUCUCAGCCACUGUUUUAGAGAGAAUGUUGGGUGAAGCAGAGAGUGGAGAGAUCCCCAAGACUCUCACCCAAAUGUUCACACUCUUCCUGAUCUUUCAGAUUAAACACAAGCACCAAAAGUACCAUCAGAAAUGUGACCCUGAUCCUCAGCAGACCAGAGAGAGUAUCCUGGCACUGGGAAAACUGGCUUUCCAACAGCUGGAGAAAGGAAACCUGAUCUUCUAUGAGGAAGACCUGAGAGAGUGUGGUAUUGAUGUCAGAGAAGCGUCAGUGUACUCAGGAGUGUGUACUCAGAUCUUCAGAGAGGAGUUUGGGCUUCACAUGGGAAAGGUGUUCAGCUUUGUACAUCUGAGUGUUCAGGAGUUUCUGGCUGCUUUAUACACAUUUCUUUCCUUCAACAAGAAAAAGAGUAAAAAACAACAAACCAACAAUCUGUCAGAUCUUUUCAGCAAGUCAAACAUGUCUGCAUUUCUGAGGAGUGCAGUGGACAAGACCUUACAAAGUGAGAAUGGACACCUGGACCUGUUCCUCCGCUUCCUUCUGGGUUUCUCACUGGAGUCCAAUCAAACUCUCUUACGAGACCUACUGCCCCAGACAGGAAGUAGCUCUCACAGCAAACAGGAAACAGUCGAGUACAUCAAGAAGAAGAUCAGAGAAAAUCCAUCUCCAGAGAAAUCCAUCAAUCUGUUCCACUGUCUGAAUGAACUGAAUGAUGAUUCUCUAGUACAGGAAGUACAACGUUACCUGAACAGCAGAGAUUCCUGGUGUCUCAGUGGAGUCAGACUCUCUCCUGCUCAGUGGUCUGCUCUGGUGUUUGUGUUGCUAAACUCAGAAGAGAAUCUGGAUGAGUUUAAUUUGAGUAAAUAUAAGCCAUCAGAUGAAUGUCUUCUGAGGCUGCUGCCAGUGGUCAAAGCAUCCAGAAGAGCUGCGCUGUGUGAAUGUGAUCUCACAGGGGAAAGCUGUAAAAUUCUGUCCUCAGUUCUCAGUUCAAACUCCUUCAGUCUGAGAGAACUGGACCUGAGUGGGAAUAAAUUGCAGGAUUCAGGAGUGAAGCUGCUUUCUGCUGGACUGGAAUAUCCACACUGUACACUGGAGAUACUGAGGUUGUGUUACUGUAAUCUCACAGAGGAAAGCUGUAGAUUUCUGUCGUCAGUUCUCAGUUCAAACUCCUCCAGUCUGAGAGAACUGAACCUGAGUAGAAAUAAUCUGCAGGAUUCAGGCGUGAAGCUGCUCUCUGCUGGACUGGAGAAUCCACACUGUACACUGGAGAUACUGAGGUUGUGUUUCUGUAAUCUCACAGGUGAAAGUUGUAGAAUUCUGUCCUCAGUUCUCAGUUCAAACUCCUCCAGUCUGAAAGAACUGAACCUGAGUAAGAAUAAACUGCAGGAUUCAGGAGUGAAGCUGCUCUCUGCUGGACUGGAGAAUCCACACUGUACACUGGAGAUACUGAGGUUGUGUGGGUGUGAUCUCACAGGUGAAAGUUGUAGAUUUCUGUCCUCAGUUCUCAGUUCAAACUCCUCCAGUCUGAGAGAACUGGACCUGAGUGGGAAUAAACUGCAGGAUUCAGGAGUGAAGCUGCUCUCUGCUGGACUGGAGAAUCCACACUGUACACUGGAGAUACUGAGGUUGUGUUUCUGUAAUCUCACAGAAGAAAGUUGUAGAAUUCUGUCCUCAGUUCUCAGUUUAAACUCCUCCAGACUGAGAGAACUGGACCUGAGUAAUAAUAAGCUGCAGGAUUCAGGAGUGAAGCUGCUCUUUUCUGGACUGGAGAAUCCACACUGUACACUGGAGAUACUGAGGUUGGUAGGCUGCAGUAUUUCAGGUGAAGGUUGUGCUGCUCUGGUUUCAUCUCUGAGGACAAACGUCUCAUCACACCUGAGAGAACUGAAUCUGAACUACAAUAAACCAGGAAUCUCAGGAGUGAAGAAUCCACACUGCAAACUGGAAACACUACUUACUAACUGACUGACACAUACACACACGCACACACACACACACACACACACACACACACACACAUACCUUUUGAGAAAUCUGAUGACUGAUUCUGAUGAACAUAUGACCAAAUCUGAUCAUUCUGUUUUUCUUCUUUUUCUUUACAGAUAUGAGCAGUGAGGUUCUCCUAAAGAGGAUGAACCCUUACUGUACAGUAAAGCAGUUGUGACAGCUAAAACUGAUGAUUCCUAUUCCUUUUCUCAGUUAGUGAGAAUCAGAUUGUGUACAACAUGCCAAAACUUAUCUGAGAGAUAUAAUAGAAUAGUCAUGAAUCUUUAUUAACAGCAAAACGCUUAUUAAAUGACAACAUUUUCUACAUACAGAAUGUUUUUUCUUGUUUGUAUGUAUGUGUCUGUACAAGUUUAUGUAGGUGGAUGUUAUUGACAAUGUAAGUUUCUUAAUGGAUGUUAUUAGAAACCCUUACAGAAAUGUAUUAUAUGUACACAUAUGACAAUACAUAUAUUAAAUAUAUCCAUAUAGAAAGUGGAAACAUACAUGUACAUAUAUAUCUGCCCAUGUAUAAAACCUAUUAGAUAAUGGAACAAUUUCAUAUAUUAACAUAUAAAACUUUCCCAUAUAAAUGUAUGUUUAUGUAUGUAUAAUACAGUCUUUGAUAUGUCACAUAUAGAAUUAUCAAUAUACAUAUUUCUUCAUAUAAAUAUGCAAUAUACAAAUUACAAAUAUAUGCAUAGAAUAACACUUACUUGCAUGUGUAUAUAUAUGUAUAUACAUACUUUUUUUUUUUUAUAAAUGUAUGUUGAAUACAUACUUAUAUAAAAACAUUGCAU